CCAACUGAGAAGAAGGAGCAGGAGCGGGAGGCUUCGCCCCUGAAAAGAGUCAUUGUGGGGAGGGAUGAGUGCGUGCGGACCCCCACCCCUCCUCCUCCUCCUCCUCCUCCUCAACUAUCAGCUCAGCAGGAUCACUAAACCAGACCUGAUCACUUACUAACCAGCGAGCGCAGCGCCUGAAUCAUGCGCGGCGUCACCGCUGGCGCCUGGGAGUGGAGCACCAAUUGUGCAAGACACGGGUAACAGCGGAGGAGCCGGGCAACUUUCCGCACUUGAUGUGCUUCGUGUUGAACAUGUCUCACCGGGAACUCCGACCUCGGAACUCUUCGCCGGUCCGUGUUGACCAAGUGAGCCGUUAAAGGACGCCGCGAGGGAACAAACCACCGAGGUUAAACUGAUAACCCAAGUGAAGCCGGGGCGGACAGUGUUGUGCGGGAGCAGAGGAAGGCGGAUUAACAGGCGGAAAGAUGGGGAACGCUGGCAGCAUGGAGCAGCACACCGACCUGCGGGGGCACAACCUGCCCCUCAAGCUGCCCAUGCCGGAGCCAGGUGAGCUGGAGGAGCGCUUCGCCAUCGUCCUGAACUCCAUGAAUCUCCCUCCUGACAAAGCCCGACUGUUGCGACAGUACGACAACGAGAAGAAGUGGGAGCUCAUCUGCGAUCAGGAGAGAUUCCAAGUGAAAAACCCGCCUCACACAUACAUUCAGAAGCUGCGCAGUUAUCUGGACCCGGCCGUCACAAGAAAGAAAUUCAGACGGAGGGUGCAGGAGUCGACACAAGUCCUGAGAGAACUGGAAAUCUCAUUGCGGACCAAUCAUAUAGGAUGGGUUCGAGAGUUCUUAAAUGAAGAAAACAAAGGUCUGGAUGUUCUGGUCGAGUACCUCUCUUUUGCACAGUAUGCCGUCACGUUUGACGGCGACGCUCUAGACAACAACCCAGAUGCUUUGAUGGACAAAUCCAAGCCGUGGAGUCGCUCUAUCGAGGACCUGCAUGCAGGGAGCCCCUUGCAGUCGCCCAUCACCGGGAAUGGCAUCACGAGAGCCGGACGACACUCCACCAUACGAAAUGCACUUUUCACUAAUCAUCUUCUCAUCUGUCUGCCAGUCUUCGACAGCAGGACACACAGCUCGGUCGGCUGUCCGAAGUGUUCUCAAGUAAAACGGUGUAACACGUUGCCCGUUCGGAGGACGCUGAAAAACUCCAGACUAGUUUGUAAGAAAGACGACGUCCACGUCUGCAUCAUGUGUCUGCGCGCCAUCAUGAACUACCAGUAUGGUUUCAACAUGGUCAUGUCACACCCAAAUGCUGUGAAUGAAAUUGCACUAAGUCUCAACAAUAAAAACCCGAGGACCAAAGCGCUCGUCCUGGAGCUCCUGGCAGCGGUGUGUCUUGUCAGAGGGGGCCAUGAAAUUAUCCUCUCUGCGUUUGACAACUUUAAAGAGGUUUGUGUGGAGUCGCAGCGGUUUGAGAAGCUAAUGGAGUAUUUCAAGAAUGAGGACAACAACAUUGACUUCAUGGUGGCCUGCAUGCAGUUCAUCAACAUCGUGGUGCACUCGGUGGAGGACAUGAAUUUCCGAGUUCACCUGCAGUUUGACUUCACCAAACUGGGUCUGGACGACUACCUGGAUAAGUUGAAGCACACGGAGAGCGAUAAGCUGCAGGUUCAGAUUCAGGCCUACCUGGACAAUGUGUUCGAUGUGGGUGCCCUGCUGGAGGACGCGGAGACCAAAAAUGCAGCUCUGGAGCGAGUGGAGGAGCUGGAGGAGAACAUGUCACACAUGACGGAGAAGCUGCAGGACACUGAAAACGAAGCCAUGUCCAAGAUAGUGGAGCUGGAGAAGCAGCUGAUGCAGAGAAACAAAGACCUGGACUCCAUCAGGGAAAUGUUCAAAGACACCAGCUCGCAGGUCCACACGCUCCGGCAGAUGUUGAAGGAGAAGGACGAGGCCAUCCAGCGCCAGUGCAACCUGGAGAAAAAGAUCCACGAGCUGGAGAGGCAGGGGACCAUCAAGAUCCACAAAAAAGGAGACGGCGACAUCUCCAUCCUGCCCGCGCCUCCGUCCGCCACCGAGUUCCUGCCGGGGGUUGUGACUGGACCUGUCGGCAGUAACCAUGUGGGUGGAGUCGUGGGGGCUCCGGCGUUAUCUCCUCUACUGCCAGUCAACGGCACAUUGCCCAACGGUCCGUUGACCAUCCCUCCUGCAGUGGUGGCGCCUCCUCCCCCUCCACCGCCGCCACCCCCGCCUCCACCCCCACCUCCUCCUGGACCAGCUUCAGAAAUGUUGGCCCCCAUGCCUCCUCCUCCUCCUCCUGCAGCCCCCCCAUUACCGGGCUGUGGCACCCCCACUGUCAUCAUGAACUCUGGGCUGGCAGACGGACCCAUCAAACUUUUCUCUGUUAAGAUCAAGAAGCCGAUCAAGACCAAGUUCCGCAUGCCCGUCUUCAACUGGGUCGCCCUGAAGCCCAACCAGAUUAACGGAACCGUCUUUAAUGAGAUUGAUGACGAGCGGAUACUGGAGGACCUGAACGUGGACGAGUUCGAGGAGAUGUUCAAGACCAAAGCUCAGGGUCCGUCCAUCGAGCUCACCAUGAGUAAGCAGAAGUCCAUCCAGAAGGGACCCAACAAGGUGACGCUGCUGGACUCCAACCGCGCCAAGAACUUGGCCAUCACGCUGAGGAAAGUGGGCAAGACUCCGGAGGAGAUCUGCAGGGCCAUCCAGCUAUUCGACCUGCGCACGCUGCCCGUGGACUUCGUGGAGUGUCUGAUGCGCUUCCAGCCCACGGAGAACGAGGUGAAAGUCCUGCGGCAGUUCGAGAAGGAGCGCAAGCCGGUGGAGAGUCUGACGGACGAGGACCGCUUCAUGAUGCAGUUCAGUAAAAUCGAGCGGGUCAUGCAGAAGAUGACAAUCAUGGCCUUCAUCGGCAACUUCUGCGAGAGCGUUCAGAUGCUCACACCGCAACUGCACGCAGUCAUCGCCGCCUCCGUGUCCAUCAAGUCGUCUCAGAAGCUGAAGAAAAUUCUAGAGAUUAUUUUGGCUCUUGGAAACUACAUGAACAGCAGCAAGAGAGGAGCCGUGUACGGCUUCAAGCUGCAGAGUUUGGACUUGCUCCUUGACACAAAGUCAACCGACCGCAAGAUCACACUGUUGCACUACAUCGCCAACGUGGUGAAGGAGAAAUACUCGCAAGUCUCUCUCUUCUACAAUGAGCUUCACUAUGUGGAAAAAGCUGCAGCAGUGUCCCUGGAGAACGUGCUGCUGGACGUGAAGGAGCUGCAGAGAGGCAUGGACCUGACCCGGCGGGAGUACAGCAUGCACGGCCACAACACCAUGCUCAAGGACUUCAUCACGCACAACGAGAACAAGCUGAAGAAGCUGCAGGACGACGCCAAGAUCGCACAGGAUGCUUUCGACGAGGCGGUCAAGUUCUUUGGGGAAAACGCCAAAACCACGCCGCCGUCCGUCUUCUUCCCUGUGUUUGUGCGCUUCGUGAAGGCCUACAGGCAAGCAGAGGAAGACAAUGAGCAGAGGAAGAGACAAGAGCAGAUGUUGAUGGAGAAACUUCUGGAGCAAGAGGCCUUGAUGGAGGAAGAAGAGAGGUCUCCAUCUCACAAGAACAAGCGGCAGCAGCAAGAGCUGAUCCAGGAGCUGCGGAGGAAGCAGGUGAAGGACAGUCGACACGUCUACGAAGGCAAGGACGGCGCCAUCGAGGACAUCAUCACAGUGCUGAAGACGGUGCCCUUUACCGCCCGCACCGCCAAGCGCGGCUCUCGGUUCUUCUGCGAGUCCGCGCUCAAUGAGGAGUACCAUUACUAAGCUUGUAGAACUGUCUCUCUGCUCAAAGAUCUGAGGAACCAGCCCUACAGACGCGCCGACGCCGUGCGGCGCAGCGUCCGGAGACGCUUCGACGACCAGAACUUACGACCCCUGAACAGCAAUGAAGUAGUGAUAUGAGACGGGAGCAGAGCAUGUGUGAGAGGUGGAAGCAGAAGGAGAGAGAAGGUGGAGCGUGAAGGAUGAGCGAGAGUAGCAGCCACGUAGAUCUCUGUACAUACAUAUGCAUAUAUAUAUAAUAUAUAUAUAUAACAUGAGAAGAGACACGGAGGGUCCGUGUGCGGAAGGUUGACCUAGAACCCUAGACAUGACAAGUGCCUGAACUUCCCGCUCUGAUCUUUCCUUAUUUUUCUAUGAUGUUUUUAAAAAUCCUUUUAGAAAGAAGGACACAUUCCAUUCCGCUUCUCUGCUCACAUUCCGCGUACUCGAUUCAUUCCUCGCAGCCGUGAGCUCCACAGGAAACAUCUCCAGUUUGAGCCAACAGUUCAGGACCAACAUGGUGGAGGUCCCUGCGAGAAGAAACACGUGGCCUUCACUGCCAGCCAGAGAUGUUACAGGAGCUGAAACGCUUCAGUCAAGUCUUGGUGAUAUUCGGACUGAUCACUUUUGCAAUGGGGAACCAAGAAAUCCACGAGAAGAUACUGAACAUGAAACUGGACUCUUUAUCUCGGCAAACCAUUAACCACUGCAUCUAUUCAUUGUAAUUUUAAUGUAUAGUAUUUAACCACUUCAUUUUUCUGGAGACAAAAAUGAUUAACGGAGAAAAAGUACAUAAAAAAAGUGUACAGAUAUUUUGCUACUAAGUCUGGAUUUUUUUUUUUUAAGCAACGUCCACAAGACCAGAUGGUUAAUAUUGUAAAUAUUGUUCAAACAAAGUUUUCACUGCCUUGUGCGUUACAACUUGAAUGUUAUUUUAACUUAUAGUUUUUUUUUUUUGUUUUGUAUGUUAAAUUAAACCAAACGCAGCGGAAAAUGAGUUUUGGAGUCUCGAGAGGUGAAUUGGUGUUGAGAGCUGGUGGAAGUCCACUCUGCAGUAGCCACUCAAAGCAGUUGAAUCUGGUGUGAUCUCGAUUUAUACCACGGAAGCUGGUGUUACCAUCUGUCAUCUCUGUGACUGGACAUUACUGGCACAUGUUUCUCUUUUUGUACUUUUGUCAGAAAUAUUAGGCAGUUUGUGCUUUAUCAGAAAAAUAACAUUUUUUUAAAAAAGAAUUAGGGGAGCAGAGGCUGUCAACAAAUAUGACUAAAUAAACUAUUUACAUGGACCACAGAACUGGCUGGUUUGUCUUC